CCUGAACUUAGCCCGUGUGCACUUUUCUUUUGGAGGUCAAUCAUGUACUUCCAUUUCCUUGCCCUCCUCGGCGCCAAUAACAUCCUGACUGCGCUCGCCGAUACAACCCACCUGGCUACCCGCGUGGUUAGAACAGUGACCACCACCGAAGCCGUAACGGGGACCGACAUUGUGGUUGGGGUCACCAAGUUUGUUCCAAGCGAAACAUCGAGCACCCCUCCCCUUGAGUCGGCGACGAGCACCGUCGACUCUAUCAAUCUCACCAGAUGCCUGUCCGUUCUAGAGACUGCUGUGCCGACAAGUUGGUGGGGGAGAAUGAGGACCGAUCCAGCGUUCUUCUCUUCGGAAAUCCUCGCGGAGAAAUCAGGGAGUAUGCCGUCCUGGUACUCCAACCUGCCAACUGGUGCCAGGGCUGUCCUCUCCAGUGAGGAAGCGAUAUACGCCUCCCUGCUGUCCUCCGAAAGCGCCCUAGCCACUGGGUGGGACCCGAGCUCCACCGCAGGCUCGCCUUCUGCCUCAUCCGCAACUUCGACUUCCAGUCCCACUCAAUCGAAGACCUCCAUCUCUACCGGGGGCGCAGCUGUUGCUACUGGAAGCUGGGCUAUGGGCAUUGCCAGUGUGGGUGGCAUCCUUGGUCUCGCGCUGGCCUUGUAAGAGGCUGAAUGGAUGGGGGAUACAAGACCUUGGUCGCGAUACUGUUUAAGUCUGAG